AUGCCCCCACUAUGGCCCUCGUCGCCGCCUCUCCGCCGCGCGUGCGCCGUCGCCUGUUGGGCGCUCGUGGCCACGUCGCGCGUCCGCAGCGCAAACGUCACGACGCACCCGACCAAGUCGGGCAUUGGCGUGUGGGUGGACCCCGACACGCCGCGCGACCGCUACGUGUACCUGAGCUCGCGCGGGCGGCCGUGGGACCUCGUGAUGAGCGACGAGUUCAACGUGGCGAACCGGAGUUUCCGCCCGGGCGACGACCACAUGUGGACGUCGCUGGAAAAACCCGACGGCGUCAACGGCGCGCUCGAAGUCUACUCGCACAACAUGACGUCCACGGCGUGCGACGACGACGGCACGUGCUACUUUUUCAUCCGCGCGGUCGACGAAGUGACGUCCGUGCGCGUGUACAAUAUGUACAAACACCCGCCGGCGUUCGAAGAACUCCCUGGCGUCACGGACCCGGCCUCGGGCAACCCCGACGCGAAGCUCGGGCCCAGCGCCCGCGUCAUGAACACGGACUUUUACCCGACGUGGCCCGGGCUCUGGAUGCUCGGGAACCUCGGGCGCGCCAUCUUCUCGGCCUCGACGAACCGCAUGUGGCCGUUCUCGUACAACGAGUGCGACGACGACGUGUUCAACUCGUCGUUCCAGCGCAUCAGCGCGUGCGACGACGACCCGGGCUUUGGCCUGCACCCGCACCAGGGCCGCGGGGCCCCCGAGAUCGACGUGCUCGAGGGCGCGGGCACGACCGUGUCGGCGUCGGCGCAGAUUGGCCCGGGCAUGCCGGACGAGUACCGGCUGUUUUUCGUCGACCAGUCCACGGGCGACUCGGACUAUUGCCACUUUACCUACGAGUGCAACACGAUCGGGGCCAACCACGUUGACGUGCCGACGGCGUACUACGCCGCGCGGCGCGACCACAGGUCGUGGUACCAGGGCUUUCGCUACGGGGCCAACAACUUUUGCCGCCCGAACAACGCGAUGAAGCAGGACUUUGAGACGAUCGAAGCGUCGCUGGAAGCUGGGAUCACGAUCAACUCGUGCACCGUGGACAAGUGCCCCGGGUCGGGCGACGUGAACGGCGACCUGGGGCUCAUUGACGGCAAAGGACCCGGCCACUGGAACAUUAACACGAACGGCACGUGCUUUUCGCUCAUGAACUCGUACUUGGGCUCGUACUUGUGCGACCCGGACAACACCCAUAGCAAGUGUCCCGAGCCGCGCGACCCCAACACGACGGCCCCGGCCGGCGCCAUGAGUUCGUUCAACUACCAAAUGGACGCGCUGUCGUCGAAUUGGCCGCUGCAUUUUGGCGCGUACACGGGGUACCUUAUCUACCAAGUCGAGUGGGUGACGGGCAAGAAUGGCUACAUCCGCUGGAUGCUCCAUGGCGCGCCGUUGUUUGAAAUCCCGGCUGAGGCGGUCGAGAACGUGCCGCAGAGUGCGAAGAAGAACAAUCCGAAGAAAGUUAUGAUUGAGGAGCCGCUGUACAUCAUUAUGAACGUGGCGCUCUCGAAGGAGUGGGGUUCGAUGCCCCCGAACCGAGGCAAACCGUGCCGUGGCGAUGGAAAGGACCCUGUGGCGAACGCCAUUUGUGACUCGUUUCCACUGUACAUGAAGGUUGACUACAUUCGGCUGUACCAGGACCGAGGCACGGAUUUGGAGGACGACAACUACAUGGCCGUGACAUGCGAUCCCGCCGAUCAUCCAACGAAGGAGUGGAUCGAGGGACACAUGGAUGAGUACGAAGACAAUGACAACAAGGUGGUGGAAGUCGCGGGUAAGGCGUUCUGUAAGACGAGCGACGAUUGCUCGAUCGGGGGGCCGUUGGCCAAAACGUCGCUCAAGACGGGCAAGUGUGUGAACCAGCGCUGCGAGUGCAUGUACCACUCGUGGGGUGGCCCGCGCUGUACUACUGCUACUUCCGGCUCGAGCUCGUCGGAAGAAGGGGUGAUGAGCCAAACGUUUGGACCGUCGAUGGGGGUCUCGAUUGCACUUGCAGUCGUGGCGUGUCUGCUGUCUGCGCUAUCUGUCUACAAGGCCGUCACGAAAUCGGCGAAACAGUCGAAGGUUGCGAUGGCUGCAGUGAAUGCCCAGCGAAAGGCCGCGGCGAUCUCCGAGACUGGAUCGAACAGCGAAGGCAGUACCAACAUUGCCCCGGUGUCGAAGGACAACUAUCGUCAGAACUUCGUCUAG